CGCGCUCCCGGCUCGCGCGCCAUCUUGGUACCGGAUCGAGCGUGGGGCCGCCGCGUGGGCAGCCAGACGCAGACAGGACAGCGAGCAGGAUGGAGCAUUACCGAAAAGCUGGCUCCGUAGAGCUCCCAGCACCUUCCCCAAUGCCCCAGCUACCGCCUGAUACCCUUGAGAUGCGGGUCCGAGAUGGCAGCAAAAUUCGCAACCUGCUGGGGCUGGCGCUGGGUCGCUUGGAGAGCGGCAGUGCCCGGCACGUGGUGUUCUCAGGUUCUGGCAGGGCUGCGGGAAAAGCUGUCAGCUGUGCUGAGAUUGUCAAGCGGCGGGUCCCAGGCCUGCACCAGCUCACCAAGCUGCGUUUCCUGCAGACUGAGGACAGCUGGGUCCCAACCUCACCUGACACAGGUCUAGACCCCCUCACAGUGCGCCGCCAUGUGCCUGCAGUGUGGGUACUGCUCAGCCGGGACCCCCUGGACCCCAAUGAGUGUGGCUACCAACCCCCAGGGGCACCCCCUGGCCUGGGCUCCGUGCCAAGCUCCAGCUGUGGCCCCCGGCCCCGAAGAAGGGCUCGAGACGCCCGGUCCUGAAGACCUGCUGAGCCAGACUGUUCUCUAGGCCUGAAUGUCUAGGAUGGUGGUGCCUUCUCUGAGAAGCCCUGGACUGCUCAACGUCCCCAUCAAAGCUUGAGUCCACACAAGGGGGCCUCCCUGUCCUGCUUCUCCUUCCUUCUGGCAUGUGGGAAGGGGCUGCUAUGAGGAGUGACAGCUCUGGGAUCUCUGUCAAGUUCUGGGUUGCAUAAGAAGGGGUUACUCUGCCUUCUACCUGCAGUUCAUCUGACCUGCCUUCUGACAGAGGUUCCAAGGAAGGAGUUAGGAAAUAAAGCCCAUUUG